ACAUAUCAAGUACUUCAUGCACUGUUACAAUAUAAUUAUAACGCAAUGUCAAGUGCAUCCGAUUUAAAUGUUUUCUUCGUUGCUUUCAUCAUGAUGGAUUAUUAAUGUGGAUUAAAGAAAACAGACAUGGCGCAUUGGGGAUAUAUGACGAAAAAUGGCCCAUCGACUUGGGUCAAGGAUUUCCCGAUCGCCAACGGCGAACGUCAAUCUCCUAUCGAUAUCGUGACGUCAGCGGCGGAGUAUGACUCCGAAGUCCAGGGAUCCAGCCCCUUGUCGACCAACUACACUCCAGAGAGUGAAGUCAAGCUUGUCAACAACGGACACAGCAUUAUGUGCCAAAUCACGAAAAAGGGAGUUCUGACAGGCGGUCCCCUGGGUAAAGAUGAAUACCGCCUGGAGCAGUUUCAUCUUCAUUGGGGUGCCGAGGACGGCCGUGGAUCCGAACACACCGUCGACGGGAAGAUGUACGCUUCAGAGCUUCAUCUGGUUCACUGGAACGCUACUAAAUACAGCAGCUUCGCAGACGCCGUCCAGAAGCCUGACGGACUAGCGGUUCUUGGCAUUUUCAUCACGCCUGGGGUUGCGUGCAAUCAAUUCAAAGUUAUAUCAGAUAACUGUGGUAAAUUGAAGACCAGUGGGGCGGAAAUGACCGUGGAAACCACCCUUGACCCCACCCUCCUCCUGCCCUCAAACACGAACGAUUACUGGACUUAUCUCGGCUCCCUGACCACGCCCCCACUGUUUGAAAGUGUCACGUGGAUUGUGUUUAAAGAGCCAGUCGAGUAUUCAAAGGAGCAGCUCUCAGCUCUCCGAAACCUAGUGGACUCCGAUGACAAUCCUAUGCAGGACAACUACCGGCCUCCGGCUCCUCUCAAGCAGAGGAAAGUGAAGAAAACCUUCACGUAACGGAUGUUUCGAAAUGAAAUCCAUGUAAAUGAAAUGUUUAAAUUAAAAUGAAAUCCAAGGGAAAGCACUUCUUUAAGUGUUGAUUCAAGAAUGGUCGAGUUGUUUUGCUUAUGUUACAAUGUCGUUUGUUAUUUUGCAGUUUACAUCAUAGUACACAAACAAAUACAGUAUUACUACAUAUAUACAUUCUGAAUAUGGAAUAUUAAAUAUGUUUCCAUUUAA